AAGCAAGAAUGAUGCACACCAUGUAAACAAUCCAAUCUCUUGUAGAGUCAAACAUAAACCAGGUACGAUUGUUAUCGAGGAGAAGGGGUGAUUACAUAAUAUUUGAGUGUAGCGGUCAAGGUCAGCCGAUAGGAUGGCGCAACAAGCGCGCAAGAUUUUGAUAGCCAUGGACGGUAGCAAGUACUCGGACUACGCCUUUGAUUGGUUCAUGAGGUACUUCUACAAGGAUAAAGACGACGUUCUACUGGCCUACUGCGUGGAGCCUCCGACGGGACUCUCUAUGUUCUGUCGGAGAAAGUCGAAAGGUGUUGUUGAAACAGAAACGACCCCUGCAGCCCCCGUAGCCCCGGGACAAGACGCCAACGCUGUGGCCAAGGUCCCCCAGGAAGACGAGGAUGAGUCGACUGUGUUGUUGAUUAGGCUUCAGUCUAAGAUCUCCUCAGCUGGUGUCAAGGGCUCGGUGCUCCGUUUAUCUGGCAAGCCAGGGGAGGCGCUCGUGAAGGCCAGUGAAGAAAACAAGGUGGACAUUAUCGUGACGGGGACGAGAGGGUCCGGGUUCUUCAAGAGAAGCACCAUGGGCAGCGUCAGUCAGCACAUCGUCAACAACGCCAGUGUACCAGUCCUUGUGGUUAGAGUUUAGGUAGUGGUCCCCUCAACAACAGUGGUCCUUGUGGUCCAUUCAACACCAGUGGUCCUUGUGGUCCCCUCAACAUCAGUGGUCCUUGUGGUUAGAGUUUAGUGGUCCCCUCAACACCAGUGGUCCUUAUGGUCCCCUCAACACCAGUGGUCCUUGUGGUCCCCUCAACACCAGUGGUCCUUGUGGUUAGAGUUUAGUUAGUGGUCCACUCAACAACAGUGGUCCUUGUGGUCCCCUCAACACCAGUGGUCCUUGUGGUUAGAGUUUAGGUAGUGUCCCCUCAACACCAGUGGUCCUUGUGGUCCCCUCAACACCAGUGGUCAUUGUGGUUAGAGUUUAGGUAGUGGUCCACUCAACACCGGUGGUCCUUGUGGUCCCCUCAACACCAGUGGUCAUUGUGGUCCCCUCAACACCAGUGGUACUUGUGGUCCCCUCAACAUCAGUGGUCCUUGUGGUUAGAGUUUAGUAAGGUGGUCCCCUCACCACCAGUGGUCCUUGUGGUCCCCUCAACACCAGUGGUCCUUGUGGUCAGAGUUUAGUUAGUGCCCCCCUCAACCCCAGUGGUCUUUGUGGUCCCCUCAACCCCAGUGGUUUUUGUGGUCUCCCUAUUGUGACAGUGGUCCUUGUGGUCAGAGUUUAGUUAGGUGGUCCCCUAAUGUGACAGUGGUCCCCCUAAUGUAGGUGGUCAGAAAAUUAUUACUACUGGUGCUGGUCUUUAUCAGUUAUCGGAUUACAAUACUAUUGUUGUUUUUUUUUUAGCGUUUAACAUUUAUCAUAGUAUUAAAUUAAAAUGUUUUAU